AUGUACCGAUUCGCUGUUCUGCUAGUGGCCCUCGUUGCCAGCGGUAGCCUUACGGAAGCACUGACGACUCACCCAUGCUCUAAUGGACGACCCCAUGCCCGCAAUGUGCAGAUCUCAGGAUGCACAGCGAUGCCCUGUAACCUGGUUCGUGGUAGCGAUGUCAGCAUGGUUGUAGAUUGGACAGCACCACACCCUGCCCAAACGCUGUCGUAUCGUGUGGUGGCCACGGCCCUCGGUAUCACCGCUCCUUAUGAGUUGCCCCCGGACCGUGCUGCCGCCUGCAACUGGUUGACCGGUUCUGCAUGUCCCAUCAGUCAGGGUGAAGAUAUCGUCAGCACUCUCAGCAUGCCGGUUCUGCCGAUCUACCCGUUGGUUUCUCUACGUAUUGAAGUGAGCAUAUUGGACGAGGCGACCCGUACACACGCGUGCUUCGAAGUGGAGGCUCGUGUGGUUGUAGCUUAA